GUUUACAUGGUAUCAGAGUUUUUCUAAUCUUGAGGGACUGUGAGGGAGUGAUCCGAGAGAACCCCAAAAACACCACUAAACACUUGAGGGUCUUUCCAUGGAAUCCAGCAACAGUUUCACAACAAAGUCUCCAGUUUUUUCUGGUAAAAAUUAUGUUGUUUGGGCAGUCAAAAUGAAGGCUUAUCUCAAAGCUUUCGAUCUUUGGGAAGAUAUUGAGACAGAAUGUGUUCUUCCCCCUUUGCCUGUAAAUGCCACUUUAAAUCAGAUGAGGAGACACUCGGAGGAGUCUGCCAAGAGGUAUGAAUCCCUUACUUGUAUUCAUUCCUCUGUCAUGGAUGAAAUCUUUAGCAGGAUUAUGACUUGUGAAACAGCAAAGCAAGCUUGGGACAGGAUUAAGCAAGAGUUCCAGGGAGACCAGAAGGCAAUCCAAAUGCAGAUUCUCAGCUGGAGAAGAGAAUACGAGAUGCAAAAAAUGUCUAAGACUGAGACUGUGAAGGAGUAUGCUGACAGAGUCCUGAAGAUUGUCAACCAAAUAAGGUUGAAUGGUGAAGAGCUUAGUGACAGAAGUGUUGUUCAGAAAGUGCUUGUUAGUUUGCCUGAGAAAUUCAAACCCAAAAUAUCCUCCCUAGAGGAUUCUAGAGAUCUUACUCAAAUCUCAUUAUCUAAACUUUGCAAUGCUCUGCAAGCUGUUUCCUUAAGGCUUGAAAGCAAACCUGUUGAAGCACAGGCUCAGUUGGCAGAAAAUGAUGAGCAACAGGAGAAGCAGUUGUUUGUUGCUUCCAAAAUUGAAUGUUGCCAUGUUGUGAAGUCUGGAUCUUCACCUUGUUCACAUUCUAAGGCAUGUAGAUUUUUCAAUGUUAAAACUCAGAAAAUUGAAGUUAGUAGGAGUGUGAAAUUUGAUGAGAAAGCCAUAUGGGACUGGGAGAAGCAGGAAGUCAUUGAUGGCAUUGAUGACCCUCCUGUGAGAGUUACUAGAACUCCUGAUGAUGUUUAUAGCAGGUGUAAUUUAGCUGUUUUGAAGCUGUGUGAUUACCAGGAUGCUGAAAAUUCAGUGGCAAGGAGAAAAGCUAUCCAGGAGGGGAUCAACAUGAUUGUCAAGAAUGGUACCUGGGAACUAGUUGACAGCCCACAAAACAUGUCUGUCAUUGGUGUCUGUUGCCUUUUCUCCAAGGAAGAGUGUUGAAGUUAGCCAUGAUACUAAGGCCACAGACCUUCAUUCUUGACAGUGGCACUCACGUUAGUUUUAAUUAGUUGCAGUUAAUAGUUUGUUUCUAAUGUAAUGGGUGGUUAACUUUUUUCUGUUCAGAGUAGUUUCCUUCUGUUUGUAGCAAUUUCCUUUAUUUCCAUGUAAAAGGCAGAAUUAUUAAUGAAAAACAUUGUUCUGC